AUGGAUCGAAGUUGGAUGAACGCAUCACGUAUAACUGAAGAGUACGAGAAUGGUGUUGAAGAGUUUUUGCUGUUUGCUCAAAGUAAAGCGCAACCUAUGUGGGGAAAAUUUUUUUGUCCAUGUGUGAAGUGUGGAAAUGGGAGGCGCCAAACAAUUGAUGACAUAAGAACUCAUCUUAUUUGUGAGGGAAUAAUUCGUAGCUACACAAAGUGGAUAUGGCAUGGGGAAUCCCUCGAUACAGCUGACAUGUCACAGGCUGACGAUGUUACUACAGACAGCGGAAAUCCUAUAGAAGAAAUGAUUCGCGAUCUUGGGCAAGAGGGGUUUGAAGAGGCACAUGCAGCGUUGUAUGACAACAUAGAAGUUGAUUCAAAAAUGCCUUUGUAUUCCGGCUGCAUAUCUUUCACAAAAUUGUCAGCUGUGUUAGCUCUGGUUAACUUGAAGGCUCGAUUUGGGUGGAGUGACAAGAGUUUUAGUGAGUUGCUGAUGUUGUUGACAAACAUGCUUCCUGCUGAUAACGUCUUGCCAAAGAAUCACUACCAAGCAAAGAAGAUUUUAUGUCCAGUUGGGAUGCAGUACGAAAAAAUUCAUGCAUGUUGUAAUGACUGCAUUUUGUACAAAGAUGAUUUUGCUGAACUAGAUUACUGCCCUGUGUGUGGGGUUUCUCGGUACAGACCGACCAACGGAGAUUCUACUGUACUAGUCUCAGACGCGGACCGCCGUCCAGCAAAGGUGUGCUGGUAUCUCCCAAUAAUACCAAGGUUUAAGCGGUUGUUUGCUAAUGGGGAAGAUGCAAAGAACCUUAUAUGGCAUGCAAAUACCAGAAAAUCAGAUGGAUUGAUGCGACAUCCUGCAGAUAGCCCGCAAUGGAAGGAAAUUGAUCGUCUGUAUCCUGAAUUUGGGGUCGAGCCUAGAAAUUUAAGGCUUGGUCUUGCAACGGACGGAAUGAACCCAUUUGGAACCUUAACUACUAACCAUAGCUCGUGGCCCGUUUUGCUGUUCAUUUAUAAUCUCCCUCCGUGGUUGUGCAUGAAGCGAAAGUAUGUUAUGCUGAGUAUGAUGAUAGCUGGUCCAAGACAACCAGCAUGUUUCAAGUUGCGUGCAAUGGUUUUUUGUACCAUCAAUGACUUUCCAGCCUACGGAAAUUUAAGUGGAUAUAGUGUCAAAGGACAUCACGCAUGUCCUAUAUGUGAGCAGAAUACAAGUUUCCGCCAACUUAAACAUGGAAAGAAGACUGUGUAUACUAGGCAUCGAAGAUUUCUCAAACAGUAUCAUCCGUAUCGACGAUUGAAGAAGGCAUUCGAUGGAAGUCAAGAACAUGAAACCGCGCCAAAUCCAUUAACUGGCGAUGAAGUAUAUCAGCGGGUCAAGGAUGUCGUAAAUAUGUUCGGCAAGUCCCAAAAAAAACCAUCAUCCACUUCAAACAUGUGGAAAAAGAAGUCUAUUUUCUUUGAUCUUCCGUACUGGUCCGAUCAUCAUGUUAGGCAUUGUAUAGACGUCAUGCAUGUCGAGAAAAAUGUUUGUGAUUCUUUAAUUGGGACCCUCCUAAACAUUAAAGGCAAGACAAAGGAUGGUUUCAAGUGUCGUCAAGACUUGGUUGACAUGGGUAUACGUCAGGUGUUGCAUCCUAUCUCAAAAGGUAACAGGACAUAUCUGCCCCCAGCCUGUUACACAAUGUCAACAGCUGAAAAGAGAAGUUUUUGUGAAUGCUUGCGUAAUAUCAAAGUCCCACAAGGCUACUCUUCAAACAUCAAGAGUCUUGUGUCUGUGAAUGAGCUUAAGUUGGUUGGCUUGAAAUCACAUGAUUGUCAUGUGUUAAUGCAACAACUUUUGCCUGUUGCAAUCCGCGGAACAUUGCCUGAGAAGGUCCGUGUUGCAAUCAGUCGCUUGUGUUUCAUUUUUAAUGCUAUAUGUGCCAAGGUCAUUGACCCUAAACAGUUGGAUGCUUUGGAAGAUGAGGUUGUCGUUGUCCUUUUUCAAAUGGAGAUGUUUUUCCCUCCUUCAUUUUUUGACAUUAUGGUACACUUAGUUGUUCAUCUGGUAAGGGAAAUAAGGUGUUGUGGUCCUACGUAUUUUAGAUGGAUGUAUCCAGUUGAGCGGUACAUGAAGGUCUUAAAGGGUUAUACGAAGAAUCGACAUCGACCAGAGGCCUCAAUAGUGGAAAGAUACGUUGCUGAAGAAUGCAUUGAGUUUGCCUCACAGUACAUUGACUCGUUGAAACCUGUCGGUGUUCCUGCAUCCCGGCAUGACCAGCCAAUAGCCGGCAAGGGUACUCGUGGAUACAAUGUUGUGACAAUGACUAGACAUGACGUGUCACAAGCACAUUUGUAUAUAUUAAACAACACAACAGACGUGUUUCUGUACAUAGUGGCUCACAAAAAACAUGUUAGAGAUAGUCACCCCAAAAUGAACAUGAUGAGGGUAUUGCAAGAGCACAACAAAACUUUCAUAAAUUGGUUUAGACAAACAAUACUUGCUGAUAAAAGUGUUUCCAGACGACUGACAUUGUUAGCCAUUGGCCCAAAUUUGAAUGUCCCUACAUGGAAGGGGUAUGACAUUAACAAUUAUUCAUUCUACACAAAGUCCCAAGAUGAUAAAAGUUCGGUACAAAACAGUGGGGUCUAUGUUGAUGCUGAUUCGGAGCACUUUUCCAGUACAUCGGAUAACAACCCCAUUCAAGCAUCCAUGUCUUACUUUGGUGUCAUUCAAGAAAUUUGGGAGGUUGAUUAUACAUCAUUUAGAGUGCCUGUUUUUAAGUGUCAGUGGGUGAACGGGACAACGGGUGUGUUUCAAGAUCCAUUGGGAUUUACUUUGGUAGACCUUAGUAAGGUGGCAUAUAUAGACGAACCUUUCAUUAUGGCAGACAAGCCAGACAAGUUUUCUAUGUACAAGAUCCAUGUAAUUCAAGUUUGUCUGUGGCUCUGCAAGGAAGACCAAGUGGAAUGA